CUAAUUAUUUUCAUUUUUGUCCCAUUUCGUUGUUUCUUCCCCUUCUCUCUCCUAAUUUCAUUUUCUCCCUCUUUAUUAUAUCUCUGACCCCUUCCCCUAGAUUCUUCAUUCUUAAGAUUCUUCCUCCCUCUUCUUUCUCCAUUCCGUUUCCUCAAUCCCCUCCGCUCUUCAGGGUUUUAGAUCUGUACAAACAACAUCGCCAAACUGUGCGAUCCCCUUCUCGCAGAGCUACAGAUAGCUCUUCCUUCUGAAUCUAGAAACGCGAGGUUGUGAAGAAGAAAGACAUGGCGGAAGAGCACAGAUGCCAAGCACCUGAAGGUCACCGUCUCUGCGCCAAUAACUGCGGAUUCUUCGGUAGCCCAGCUACUAUGGAUCUCUGCUCCAAAUGUUAUAGAGAUUUCCGUCUUAAAGAACAAGAACAAGCCUCCACAAAAUCAACCAUCGAAGCCGCUCUCUCAGCCUCAUCAUCUCCUUCUCCUUCCUCUUCCCCAAUCGAUCCUCCCCCUGUGCCUCCUGUUGUCGCCUUGUCCCUGCCGGACACCACCACAGAUCUGACCAUCCCUCCCCUUGCGGUGGUUGGAUCUGAUGUCACAAACCCGAACCCAAGCCCGAGCCCGAACCGUUGUUCGUCGUGCCGUAAGAAGGUGGGUUUGACCGGGUUCAAAUGCAGAUGUGGAACCACGUUCUGUGGGGCUCAUAGGUACCCGGAGAAACACGGCUGCACCUUCGACUUCAAGUCAAUCGGAAGAGAGGAGAUUGCUCGAGCAAACCCCGUCGUCAAAGCCGACAAACUAGAGAGGAUUUAAACGAUUUCUUAGGCCUUAUGACUCUACCAUGGUGAAGAUUGAGAGCAAAGUUCACGGUGGCCAAUCAUCCGAUCACCUUCGCUGCCGUGCAAUCUCUCUUUCAGCCGUCCGGUCCCCGUUCAACGUCGCACUCGCUGCUGCUACUGGUCUCUUUCUCUCUCUAUCUCGCUACAAUAUAAAAUUUAAGUGUGGAAGAUGGGUUUUGUUGUAAAAAAAUGAAUUUCGAUUUUUUUCCCCUUUUGGUUUCAGAAUUGAAAGUAUGAAUCAAUCUUUACUUCCAUUGAAUGGUGUUCAUCUUUCUUCUCUACUUAAACCCAUUGAACUUCUAUGUCUUCAUACAUAUAUUCGUCAUUAAGAACAUAAAACCUAUGCUAAAUUAGAAA